ACUACAGGGUGGGGGCUGAUUGUUUUACUGUAAUACAGCACGUGUUAUUAGAGGAAGAUAGUGGUUAUCUAACCUGUUAAAUCGAGAUUUCAGUAUGUGUGAUAUACAUCAUGGCUGUGUGUUUUUAUUUGGGAAACUCGAGUAACUUGAUCAUCAGAGUAUAAAACAUAGUAAACAGUGUACUUAGUUUCUGGGUAAUGUACGUUAUAAGACAGUUGUCAUUCAGCUUAACCCCACAGCUUCAUAGCCACAGUGGAAAUAUAGCCUUCAGUAGGAAUAUCCUUCAAUAGGAAUGGAUUAGUAGGAAGUUUAACCUGUGUUAAACAAUGAGUUAAGGCUGCCCAUCACCUACACUUGUUGAUGAUGUCAGUUAAGGAGGUGUGUUACACAUGUAUAGCUCUCAUCAGUCCUGUGUUUUACGUGUUUUGUAGACUGGUCUUCGGCCUUCUGUAUCCAGCCUACGCGUCUUUCAAGGCCAUCCGCACUAAGAAUGUCAAAGAAUAUGUAAAAUGGAUGAUGUACUGGAUAGUGUUUGCUCUUUUUAGUGCAGUAGAGACUUUCACUGAUGUUCUGUUAUCUUGGCUCCCAUUUUAUUAUGAAGUCAAGAUUUUGUUUGUUGUUUGGAUGUUGUUACCAGUAACCAAAGGAUCCAGCUACCUCUACAAAAAGUUUGUACAUCCCCACUUAGCCAAGAGAGAAAAGGAAAUUGAUGACUACAUAGACCAAUACAGCAAAAAAGGAUACACCACACUACUGAGUCUGGGUUCACGAGGACUGACGUACGCCACAAAUGUAGUGGUAACAACAGCAAUAAAGGGUCAGUCGUCCCUGGUGGAUCAUAUAAAGAAGAGUUACAGUACAAACGACCUUAGAGUGGGAGAGGACACAGUGGACGGACAUCAUCCCAGCUUUAUGUUAGAUGAAGAUGAAUUAGACACUGAGUUAAAUCCUGUAAGUGAAGCAAGUGAGACAAGCAGUCAAACAAGUGCCCAAUUAUCCCAGAAAUCCCCUAAAGUGGCCCCAAAAGUGGGAGGGGCAUCCGAGAAAGGUGUUGAUUUACAAAAACCAAGAAAACAAGGUUCAUCAGGGUUAAAUUCUGGCAAGGAUGAGAGAAUAGCCCAAGAUAACCGUGAAAUAGAGAGGAGGAAACCUCUACGACGUAGCACCAGUGAUGUCACGGAGGUAGUACGACCUCCUACAUCCAGAUACAGAAACCCAGCCACAGAGCUUUCAAAAGUAGUAGAAGUGGAAGAAGAAUACUCAUAUCACGAGGAAUCGGUACAUGUACGGCCAGGCUACUACAGUCCUAGACAGGAGAUGUAUUUCUAUGGUAAAACUCGACCCGUACGGUACGUUACCAAGAACCCGCGCCCGUACCCGCAGUAAGCUGCCCAAGUGAAGGAUCUCAAUGUUGUCAUGACAGCACGGUGCCAGAUGGUUCAAGGUCAUCUCCAUAGCAACAGCUUAUUUGCAAUAGGCAAUAGACUCUGCUUCACAAAUCUUAGAUCCAUUUCACACGUUGAAAAUCUUAGGUCACUUUCACAUGUGAAAAUCUUACGUCACUUUCACAUGUGAAAAUCUUAAGUCACUUUCACAUGUUGAAGAAUGAUGUACAUUUAUACACUAGCUUCACUUGCUUAAUAACAAUGUCAUAUGAACUUGGAGGCAGAUGUGCCAUAUGUCAGAUGGUUUAUUUUUUUGUUUACUUUAACUGAUGGUUGAAAUCAACAGUAUCACUGGAUUCAGUCUAUUGAAGCAAUGUAGCUUUAAAACGAAUUUAUUUGGGGAUAUCAAUGCUUUCGGUGAACCAAUGCUUUCAUGUUUAUUUUCUGUAUAACACUGGUUUUGAGGUUUAGGGGCUUCUUAAACACAAUUUGAGCUUUAAUUUAGAGAAUGAUAAUCAAUGUUGAGAGGUCAAAGUUUAACUUUAAGAUCAUGCCAUAUAAACCCUAGGGUGCUUUAUACUAUAUUUCAGACCUCCAGUUUCACAGUACAGGAGUAUAACUUCUCAGAUUUUUGUAUUUUCAUGCUCUUUCUAUUGCUUUUGAUUUUAAUACAUAAAGAAAUCUAUUUAAGAUAAUUUAUGAAAUACACAGAUAGGCCCUAUCAGUUAAACUGCCUGCUGUUUUUGUUUUGUCUUGUACAUUUUUACCUCUGUUUGAUUUCGAUGUGUUAACAGGUUCUAUUUAAAUGUACAUAAUUAAAUAGUACAUAAUGAUGAUACUUGUAUUUGAAACAGAAUUCUAUAUAAAUAUGAAAUCACUAAGUCAUUUUUGUGUAUGUUAAUUAAGAUGAACAAGAGUUCUAUGAGCCCUGUAUAUAAUAUGGGUCAUGUGACACUAAAUGUGAGUAAAUUUUUAACCUGAUUUGUGUGGAUUUGUGAACACUCAGGGCUGGGACAUAUAAGAAGUGUUUUGUGAUGAGAAUGCCAGUAUCUACUGAGAUAUGUGUACAUGUUGUAAUCAAUUAUCCAAUCAAUCAUUUGUAUUUUUCGGUUGUUUUCUAUACAGCUUUUUUGGUUUUGUGAAUUUUUAUUUUUGCUCUUUAUCUCUGAAUGCUCAAUUAUUUCUUUUGUUUUUUUUUCUAUCACACAAAACAUUCCAUGCCUGCUUGUUUUGUAUUUUUUGUAACCUGACUUUUCUAAUUUAUUCUUCAAACAAUUUACCAAAACAGUUGCCAUAAUUGUAUAUUGUUCACCAGAUUAAGUGUUGUCAGUGUAAGGUAUUGCAAUACCAGUGUAUCAUUGUGGAUUCAUGGUAGACUUAAAAAACCUCAUGUUUUCAUUUAUUUAUGUACAAAUAAUUUAAAUUACAGAAAAAAAUGUCCUAAAUAAGAAUAAUCUGACAAAAUAAAUAAGUUUGUUUCUUAGCAGUCAUUAAAAGUGAAAAGCGAAUGAACUGUAGAGCAAAUUUAGUACUUCAUUUUGAUAAGGUGGACAAAGAUUAUCUUGAUAAUAAGAUAAAUUAUAGAAUAUGAGAAUCAUUUGUUUUGAGAUUAUACCUCAUGUUCAGUGGUGCUGUGUCACUUGUUAACUUGUACCACGAUUAGCUUGUCGUUUUCCUCUGUUUUAACCUUUCUGUUUAGAUAGUUUGUACUGAGUUGGGACUACCUGAUGUGUUCUAUUUGUCAGAGAGGUUGACUUUCGCUGAGGAAGAUGAACAUGUUAAGCUUUCUGGAAGUCGUAUAUAUGUUUGGUCAAGGUCGACAUCAUGAUUUGUUAAUCUGUGAUAAUCUUAUUGUGCAUACAUAUAUUUUUGAAGACUUAGAGAGCCACAACGAAUCAGUCAACUAAAGAUGGUUAGUAUUAAGAAUGUUUAAUGUCUACUCAUAAUUAGUUAAUAUGUAUACACGUUUUUAAAGACUGUAUACCUAUGAUUUAUUAAAUAUGCAUUUAUUAUUAAGACUGUUUAAUGACACCCAUAAUUAAUUUAAUACAGUCAAACUUCGUUCUCUCGAACCUGAUCGGAUAUAGAAGGUAAAAUACUUAAAGAAUAUGUGGUUGGGACUUCAAAUCACUUCGACAUAUCCAUGGUAUUAGAGAUAUCACAGUUCGAGAUACUGAAGUUCAACUGCAUAAACACCUGUCAUAUCUGCUUUAUUCACUGAUAGUUCAGGAGUUUGACCCUGAAUCGGAUACUACCUAUAAAAAGCAUUUGUAAAAAGACUUCUAGCAUCAGCAUUGCAUCAUUAAACUAGCAUUGCUUUAGAGAAGAUUAAAAUAGAAAAUGUAGAUACAGCAUUUAUUCAUUUUACUACAUGUACUUGAAAUGUGUUAUAUCUUACAUUGUAAAAUAUGCUCUGUCUAAAUUUUAAAAUGUAUGACUGUGUACCUUACUUUUGAUAUCAUUUUUUGCUACUUAAUUACAUGAACUUUUUCCGAGAAAAUCAGAAAUAUGAGAACAUUACUUCUGCUUCUAAAGCUACUCUCAGACUGAUAGAAUUGUUAAUAUUUGUACAGAUGACACAAUAAUGUGGUGUCUUUGUUGUCGAGUAUUUAUUGAAUAUAGCUCUGAUAAAUACCUAGUUGUAGAUCUGUGUAUUUAGUGGGGAUGGUUGGCAUGUCAUAUUGGUCUUGUUUCAGAAAGUAAUUGUAUAAAGUUGACCUGCAGUUAACAAUAAAAUUCGUCAUUUUCA